AUGACGUCACGUUUGGUGGGAGCUGCGAUGGAUUGCAUCUGGCCGUCUGAGGAGGUUUUGGCUUACUACUGCCUCAAGCACAGCCAUUUAUUCAGGGACCUUGCUGUGUGUGAGCUAGGGGGUGGCAUGACAUGCUUGGCUGGGCUCAUGGUUGCUAUUUCUGCAGAUGUCAAAGAAGUUCUGCUAACUGAUGGGAAUGAAAAGGCCAUCAGAAAUGUGAACAGCAUCAUCGCAAGCAACAAGAAGACUGGCGUGUUCAAGACUCAGAAAAUAUCAAGCUGCGUUUUACGAUGGGAUAAUAAGACAGAUGUCUCUCAACUGGAAGGACAUUUUGACAUUGUUAUGUGUGCUGACUGCCUGUUCCUGGACCAGUACAGAGCCAGCCUUGUUGAUGCAAUAAAGAGAUUACUCCAGCCCUCAGGGAAAGCAUUGGUAUUUGCCCCACGCCGAGGGAAUACUUUCAACCAGUUUUGCAAUCUAGCAGAAAAAGCCGGUCUCUCUCUCCAAAGACAUGAAAAUUACGAUGAGCGCAUUUCAAACUUCCACUCCAAGUUAAAAAAAGAAGGGUCGGACGUAUAUGAAGAAAAUCUCCACUACCCACUUCUACUUAUUUUAACCAAAACGGGAUAGAAGAAAACAUCAAAUGCGCAGAGAAUGAUUUCCACACAGCGAGAAGUCAGCCACGGCUCCCCUGGGACUAAGGGCUCCGCCCACUUCCGAACGUUCCUCACCUUGGGACUCCGCCCACUCCUGCAGCCCUCUGCAGCUCUCCCACGGUCCUUUUUAAGGCAGCUUGUUGCUCUUCUGUACCAAACCUUUGUGUGCUUUUAUGUGUCAGCAGCCUGUCUAAGAUCAAAAUUUGACUUGUGGAGCAAUCUAAAUAGUUUUCUCUCUAAAGCAGAAUUUCUUUUGAUGAUUUCCACCUGCCCCUCCCCCUUCCUUUUUUUUAAUUGCCUUUGUCCUGUUUGGUAAUAGUAGUCUUUAUCUGUAAACACAGAAAACAUUACCCUUCUUUUCUGGAUAAAUGAAUAAAUCUCUUUUUUCUGACGUCUCAA